AUGGCCCCGGGGCGGACCUGGGCCGGCGCCGCCGUGCGCGCCCGCCUGGCGCUGGCCUUGGCGCUGGCGAGCGUCCUGAGCGGACCCCCCGCUGCCGCCUGCCCCACCAAGUGUACCUGCUCCGCCGCUAGCGUGGACUGCCACGGGCUGGGCCUGCGCGCCGUUCCACGGGGCAUCCCCCGCAACGCAGAGCGCCUUGACCUGGACAGAAAUAACAUCACCAGGAUCACCAAGAUGGACUUCGCUGGACUGAAGAAUCUCCGAGUCUUGCAUUUGGAGGACAAUCAGGUGAGCGUCAUCGAGAGAGGUGCCUUCCAGGACCUGAAGCAGCUGGAGCGAUUACGUCUGAACAAGAACAAGCUCCAGGUCCUUCCAGAAUUGCUUUUCCAGAGCACACCAAAGCUCACCAGACUAGAUCUGAGCGAGAACCAGAUCCAGGGAGUCCCGAGGAAGGCAUUCCGCGGCAUCACAGACGUGAAGAACCUGCAACUGGACAAUAACCACAUCAGCUGCAUUGAAGAUGGAGCCUUCCGAGCGCUGCGCGAUUUGGAGAUCCUCACCCUCAACAACAACAACAUCAGCCGCAUCCUGGUCACCAGCUUCAACCACAUGCCGAAGAUUCGGACUCUGCGUCUCCACUCCAACCAUCUGUACUGUGAUUGUCAUUUGGCCUGGCUCUCGGAUUGGCUGCGACAGCGGCGGACAGUUGGCCAGUUCACCCUCUGCAUGGCUCCCGUGCACCUGAGAGGCUUCAAUGUGGCAGAUGUGCAGAAGAAGGAGUAUGUGUGUCCAGGUCCCCACUCUGAGGCUCCGUCCUGCAAUGCCAACUCCCUGUCCUGCCCUUCUGCUUGCACAUGCAGUAAUAACAUCGUGGACUGCCGGGGGAAGGGACUGACAGAGAUCCCUGCCAACCUGCCAGAGGGCAUUGUGGAAAUCCCCAGAGGGCACAGGUUUGCCUAUACCAUUUACCGCAGGCACGAGCUGGUGAGUGGGGAAGGCUUUUUGCUAUCCACGCCCUGUGAGGCCAUCAUACAAGUGCCUUCCAGCCCUGGGUCGGCCGUGGUCCGCUGCCAUAGCUGUCCACACCACUGUGCCCUGGAGCUGGAGAGCCCCCUCUUCUGGAAUACGGUGGUACGAUGCAGCAACAGGGGCCUCCGUGCCCUCCCCAAAGGCAUGCCGAAGGACGUGACCGAACUGUACCUAGAAGGAAACCACUUAACAGCGGUGCCCAAGGAGUUGUCCUCCCUUCGACAGCUGACGCUUAUUGACCUGAGCAACAACAGCAUCGGCAUGCUGACCAAUUACACCUUCAGCAACAUGUCCCACCUCUCCACGCUGAUCCUGAGCUACAACCGGCUGAGAUGCAUCCCUGUCCAUGCCUUCAAUGGGCUGCGGUCACUCCGAGUGCUAACCCUCCAUGGCAAUGACAUUUCCAGUGUUCCUGAAGGCUCCUUCAAUGACCUGACUUCCCUUUCCCACCUGGCCCUGGGAACCAACCCUCUCCACUGUGACUGCAGUCUGCGUUGGUUGUCAGAGUGGGUAAAGGCUGGCUACAAGGAGCCUGGCAUUGCCAGAUGCAGUAGCCCAGAGUCCAUGGCGGACAGGCUCCUGCUUACCACUCCCACCCACCGGUUCCAGUGCAAAGGGCCAGUGGACAUUAACAUCGUGGCCAAGUGCAACGCCUGCCUCUCUAGUCCGUGCAAGAACAACGGCACAUGCAGCCAGGAUCCUGUGGAGCAAUACCGCUGCACCUGCCCCUACAGCUACAAGGGCAAGGACUGCACUGUGCCCAUCAACACCUGUGUCCAGAACCCCUGUCAGCACGGAGGUACCUGCCACCUGAGUGAGAGCCACAAAGAUGGAUUCAGCUGCUCCUGCCCGCUGGGCUUUGAGGGACAACGGUGUGAGAUCAACCCCGAUGACUGUGAGGAUAACGACUGUGAAAACAAUGCCACCUGUGUGGAUGGGAUCAACAACUACGCAUGUGUGUGCCCGCCUAACUACACAGGGGAGCUGUGUGAUGAGGUGAUUGACUACUGUGUGCCCGAGAUGAACCUCUGUCAACAUGAGGCCAAGUGCAUCUCCCUGGACAAAGGAUUCAGGUGUGAAUGUGUCCCUGGUUACAGUGGGAAGCUGUGCGAGACAGACAAUGACGACUGUGCAGCCCACAAGUGCCGCCACGGAGCCCAGUGUGUGGACGCAGUCAAUGGCUACACAUGCAUCUGCCCCCAGGGCUUCAGUGGUCUCUUCUGUGAGCAUCCCCCACCCAUGGUUCUGCUCCAGACCAGCCCCUGUGACCAGUAUGAGUGCCAGAACGGGGCGCAGUGCAUUGUGGUGCAGCAGGAGCCCACUUGCCGCUGUCCCCCAGGCUUUGCUGGGCCCAGGUGUGAGAAGCUCAUCACUGUGAACUUCGUAGGCAAGGACUCCUAUGUGGAACUGGCCUCCGCCAAGGUCCGGCCUCAGGCCAACAUCUCCCUGCAGGUGGCCACUGACAAGGACAACGGCAUCCUUCUUUACAAGGGCGACAAUGACCCCUUGGCACUGGAGCUGUACCAGGGCCAUGUGAGGCUGGUGUAUGACAGCCUGAGUUCCCCUCCGACCACGGUGUACAGUGUGGAGACGGUGAACGAUGGUCAGUUUCACAGUGUGGAGCUGGUGAUGCUAAACCAGACCUUGAACCUGGUGGUAGACAAAGGAGCCCCCAAGAGCCUGGGGAAGCUCCAGAAGCAGCCGGCAGUGGGCAUCAACAGCCCCCUCUAUCUUGGAGGCAUCCCCACCUCCACGGGCCUCUCAGCCUUACGCCAGGGUGCAGACAGGCCGCUGGGCGGCUUCCACGGAUGUAUCCACGAGGUGCGCAUCAACAACGAAUUGCAGGAUUUCAAGGCCCUCCCACCUCAGUCCCUGGGGGUCUCUCCUGGCUGCAAGUCCUGCACUGUGUGUCGGCAUGGCCUGUGCCGCGCUGUGGAGAAGGACAAUGUCGUGUGUGAGUGCCACCCAGGAUGGACCGGUCCACUGUGUGAUCAGGAAGCCCGUGACCCCUGCCUUGGUCACAGCUGCAGUCAUGGGAAAUGUGUGGCGACGGGCAGCACAUACAUGUGCAAGUGUGCAGAGGGCUACGGAGGAGCCUUGUGUGACCACAAGAAUGACUCCGCCAGUGCCUGCUCAGCCUUCAAGUGCCACCAUGGGCAAUGCCACAUCUCAGAUCGAGGGGAGCCCUACUGCCUGUGCCAGCCUGGCUUCAGUGGCAACCACUGUGAGCAAGAGAACCCAUGUUUGGGGGAGAUAGUCCGUGAAGCCAUCCGCCGUCAGAAAGAUUAUGCCUCGUGUGCCACGGCCUCCAAGGUGCCCAUCAUGGAGUGCCGUGGGGGCUGCGGGAACCAAUGCUGCCAGCCCAUCCGCAGCAAGCGGCGGAAAUACGUCUUCCAGUGCACGGACGGCUCCUCGUUCGUGGAGGAGGUGGAGAGACACUUGGAAUGUGGCUGCCGCGCAUGUUCCUGAGCCCCUCUGCCGCCUCCCCACCCGCCACCUCUCGGACUCCAGCUCGCUGGGCUGGGGACGGCCACACGGAACCUCUUUGAGAUUCAGAAUGAAGGAGAGAAAGCUGGAGAGGAAGAGGCAAGAGAGAGAAUAUUAAGUAUAUUGUAAAAUAAACAAAAAAUAGAACUUAUUUUUAUUAUGGAAAGUGACUAUUUUCAUCUUUUAUUAUAUAAAUAUAUCACACGGUCUGAGUAUAUGUACUAUAUAGUGUGUUAUUUUUACCGAGUUUUGUUCUGUGUUGUGCAUUUGUUGUGUUUUUAUAAACAGCUGUUUAAAAUUUUAAGACAAAAUAAGACUAAUAAAAAUGUUUUAAACAAAA